AUCCAAAUUAUCAGCAAGGGUCAGUUGGAAUCCUUUUUCAAAAAAUAAUUUUGUCCGUACUGUAUUCAAAAGUACGCGAACGCUUGUUCGUUUGUUUGACAUCUUAGUCAAUAAAGUUGAGAUUUAAAAAAAACUACUGCGGCAGUCGCCGGGGCGGAGAUUUGUGACGUCAUCAACACUGUCCACUUGUUGGAGAUAGCAGAAGCGCGGGCAGUUUCACACGAAGCACAUCCGUUUUGAUUAUCUCGACGUCGACUACGACACAUCAUGCGUGAGUGUAUCUCCAUCCACGUUGGUCAGGCUGGAGUCCAGAUUGGCAAUGCAUGUUGGGAACUGUACUGCCUGGAACAUGGCAUCCAGCCUGAUGGACAGAUGCCCAGUGACAAGACAAUUGGGGGUGGAGAUGAUUCCUUCAACACCUUUUUCAGUGAGACUGGAGCUGGGAAACAUGUCCCCAGGGCUGUUUUUGUGGACCUGGAGCCCACAGUCAUCGAUGAGGUGCGCACCGGGACCUACCGCCAGUUAUUCCACCCUGAGCAGCUGAUCACUGGCAAAGAGGACGCUGCGAACAACUAUGCCCGUGGACACUACACCAUUGGCAAGGAGAUAAUUGACUUGGUGCUGGACAGGAUCCGCAAACUGGCCGACCAGUGCACAGGUCUCCAGGGCUUCUUGGUGUUCCACAGCUUCGGAGGUGGAACUGGCUCUGGAUUCACCUCCCUCCUGAUGGAGCGUCUGUCUGUAGACUAUGGCAAGAAGUCAAAGCUGGAGUUCUCCAUCUAUCCGGCUCCCCAGGUGUCUACCGCUGUGGUGGAGCCCUACAACUCGAUCUUGACCACCCACACCACCCUCGAGCACUCCGACUGUGCCUUCAUGGUGGAUAAUGAGGCCAUUUAUGAUAUUUGCAGAAGGAAUCUCGACAUCGAGCGUCCAACUUACACCAACCUGAACCGCCUGAUCAGUCAGAUCGUCUCCUCCAUCACAGCUUCCCUUCGUUUCGAUGGCGCCCUCAAUGUUGAUCUGACAGAAUUCCAGACCAACUUGGUGCCAUAUCCUCGCAUCCACUUUCCCCUGGCUACGUACGCCCCAGUCAUUUCGGCCGAGAAGGCGUAUCACGAGCAGCUGUCGGUGGCGGAAAUCACCAACGCCUGCUUUGAGCCAGCCAAUCAAAUGGUGAAGUGCGACCCUCGUCACGGCAAAUACAUGGCGUGCUGCCUUUUGUACCGUGGUGAUGUGGUUCCCAAAGAUGUCAACGCUGCCAUCGCCACCAUCAAAACCAAGCGCUCCAUCCAGUUUGUGGACUGGUGCCCCACCGGUUUCAAGGUGGGCAUUAACUACCAGCCACCCACUGUGGUUCCUGGUGGAGACCUGGCCAAGGUCCAGAGGGCCGUGUGCAUGCUGAGCAACACCACCGCUGUUGCAGAGGCCUGGGCUCGACUGGACCACAAGUUUGACCUGAUGUACGCCAAGCGCGCCUUUGUUCACUGGUACGUGGGUGAGGGCAUGGAGGAAGGCGAGUUCUCUGAGGCCAGAGAAGACAUGGCUGCUCUGGAGAAGGAUUAUGAGGAGGUUGGAGUUGACUCCGUUGAUGGAGAUGGGGAGGAAGGAGAGGAGUAAAAAUGCUAGUCAAGUAGUGAAGGUUAUACCCUUGAAUGUGCGAGUGACGAAUUACAGGUCUGGAAUACAUUUCAAAAUAAAUGCCUGGUCUAAGUA